AUGCAAAGCUUAUACAAUGUUGUAAACCAACUCAAAUUCAAAAGACUGUAUUCAACACACACACCAGCAUUUGGAAACGCAAACAGUACCGGCUCUCUUUCAAAUUCCGCCCCCAUAAAGACUGCCAAAAAGUCAUCACCACCAGUUAUCCCACCAAAAUCAGUAGGAUACUGGCUCUUGGGUACCUCCACAUUGAUCUUUGGUAUUGUUGUUUUGGGCGGCCUCACAAGACUUACGGAAUCAGGAUUAUCCAUCACUGAGUGGAAACCAGUGACUGGCGCAUUACCACCCAUGAAUGAACAAGAUUGGAUUGAAGAAUUUUCAAAAUACAAAGACUCCCCCGAAUUUAAACAAUUAAACUCACAUUUGACCUUGGAGGAGUUCAAAUUCAUCUUUUUCAUGGAAUGGAGCCAUCGUUUAGUUGGAAGAGGUAUUGGAUUGUUUUUCAUCUUACCCGCAGUAGUAUUCUGGGCUAGAAACAGAUUCACCCCCAGACUAACCAAAAGGGUCUUGGGAUUGACGGGAUUGCUUGGACUACAAGGAGUUAUUGGUUGGUGGAUGGUGAAAUCCGGAUUGGACGAAGAACAAUUGGCCGAAAGAAGAUCCAUACCAACGGUGUCACAAUACAGAUUAACCACACAUUUGGGCGCGGCAUUCUUGAUGUAUCUCGGGGUCUUGUAUACUGCAUUUGAGAUUCUUAAUGACAACAAACUUGCCAAGAUGAUCAAAAAUGGUAAACUGGAUGCAGUGAAAACAAUCCUUGCACAGUUGGAAAGCCCCAAGUUGAAAAAUUCAAGAUUAAUUGCUACAAGUCUUCUUGUACUCACAUUCGUUACUGCCAUGUCGGGUGGUAUGGUUGCUGGAUUGGACGCUGGACUAAUCUACAACACAUUCCCACACAUGGGAGACGACUGGAUUCCAUACAAGACCGAAUUGUUUUCUCCUCUCUUUGCCAGAAAGGAAGAUUUAUCAGACUUGUGGUGGAGAAACUGUCUCGAGAAUCCAACUACCGUGCAAUUAAUACACCGUAUCUUUGCCACCACUACAUUCUUUGCCGUAUUUGCAGCACACAUGUACUGCAACAGGAAAAAGAAUAUAAUUCCCAAGGCAGCAAACAACAUGAUGAAAGCAAUGAUGGGAGUAGUCACAUUGCAAGUGACAUUGGGUAUCACUACAUUGAUAUACCUCGUUCCUAUCCCCUUAGCUGCUGCCCAUCAAGCUGGUGCUUUGUUGCUAUUAACUACAACUUUAGCAUUCGUAGCCAGGUUGAGGAAACCACGACCAGAGGUGAUUAAAUAUAUCAACCAAAUGAUGAGGGACCAGUUAUUGAAAGUAAAAAUAUAG